AUGGAUUCAGAUUCCGGCGAGCAGAGCGAGGGCGAGCCCGGGACCGCCGCAGGUCCUGAUGUUUUUAGUUCAAAGAACCUUGCCCUUCAAGCCCAGAAGAAGAUUCUGAGCAAAAUAGCCAGCAAAACUGUGGCCAACAUACUGAUUGAUGAUACCAGCAGCGAGAUCUUCGAUGAGCUCUACAAAGUCACCAAAGAGCACAUACAUAACAAGAAGGAAGCCCACAAGAUCAUGAAAGACUUAAUCAAGGUGGCAAUCAAAAUCGGGAUCCUCUACCGGAACAACCAGUUCAGCCCAGAGGAAGUUGUUAUAGUGGAGAAGUUUAGGAAGAAGCUGAACCAGACUGCCAUGACCAUCGUCAGUUUCUAUGAGGUGGAAUACACCUUCGAUCGAAACGUGCUCUCCAAGCUCCUACACGAGUGCAAGGACCUGGUGCAUGAACUGGUGCAGCGACACCUGACACCCAGGACCCACGGACGCAUCAAUCAUGUCUUCAACCACUUUGCCAAUGUGGAGUUCCUUUCCACCCUUUAUAGCCUUGAUGGAGACUGUAGGCCCAACCUCAAGAAGAUCUGUGAGGGAAUCAAUAAACUGAUAGAUGAAAAAGUCCUCUGA